ACCAUAGCAACCGCCAUGGCAACUGCAGACUGCAGAAAGCAGCAUGGCGCUCCGCAUACUUGCAUCCUACUAGCGUUCCCUAUCUGUCGUCUAGAUUAAUGAAACAUGGUCGUACACAUUUACGACCUACCAAACGAACUUGUCCUGAAAAUACUUGGAUUUUUGGACGGGGCAUCAAUUGCUCGAUGUUCUUCGGUCUGCAAACGUUGGAACAGCGUGACAUCUUUGAUUCUAAAAUGCAACGAAGCCUGGCACUUCAUGUGCAGAGAAGAAAUAGAACCGAGUGUUGUCGUUGAACUGGUAAAGGGUGCAAAACGGAGAUGCCAAAGUGCACCCAGCAAGAGAAACAUUCUGGAAGAAGUACAGUGGUUACAUGUUUACAAAUGGUGGUACGGUACAGCGUCCGUCGGCUUGCAGAAACACGUCCUCAAAUGUUUCGACAUCGAAGGCCAAAGCAACAUCAACUGUGUUAACAUAUCAGGUUCUGGGAUUGUGACGGGACACACCGAUGGAACGGUGGUAAUACGUAAUGUCUACGGCGACUGGCGUGCCGUCACGGAACACGGUGCACCCAUUACGAGCAUCGCCUUCAUAGACGUUGCGGGAAGAGGUCCGUAUGUCGAUGACUUAGCUACCUGCGAUCACCAUCAUGUGGUCACUUCAUCGCAAGAUAAUUCCAUUCGCAUCACUUCGCUCUGCCACAAAUCCGAAACCACGAAAGAAUACUUUGGCACCGCCGUACUAGACGUGAAAGUGUCAGCGGAUCUCCUGGCAGUAUCGUUACGACUGAACGUCCUGAUCCUGUACAAGAUAAAUCUUCACGAGGGCACGACAGGCGAUAAAGUGUCGCUCACGAGGCUGUGGUCGAAUUCGUUUGCGUCAAUGGGCCAAGUUUGGAUGGGGUUUUACAGCAACACAAUACAUAUUAUGGGCAUAAACAACAAAGUGCGAAAAAUAGAUGUUGGCAGCCGUGCAGAAAGUGUCAGGGGAGUUUUUUUCCACAAGUCGCCUGACUGUGACCCAUUCACGUGUCCCGUGUAUCCGACAAGUGUCGCCAUCAACAGAGGCAACAUAUUCAUUAUGACUACAGCAUCUCAGGACCUGUGCAUCAGCGUUGAUGGCCGACAUUUCAUCUGCUACGAAGCGGGCCUUCAGAUUGGUCAUGUGACAGCAGUCGCACUGAGUGGCGCGCUGCUAGCUGUGGGACUGUCCCACGGAGUUCUGAACCUGUACCAUGUGGCAUCUGCAUCCCGUCUGACACAACUCGACCUGAGUGCUCCGCGUUGGACGAAAACGCUCGCGAACGACGCUCUGACUUCUGUCUGCAUCUCUCAUGGUUGCUAUGGUGCUCCCCUGGUGGUUGCCUGUACAUUACGCGAAGUGUUUGUGCUGCGGUGGGAACAUUAGUGGCUAGUGUUAUGGACAACAUAGUCAAUAUGGUGUAGUGAGAACACAAGGACUGCGGACUGCAAACAGAAUUCCGUCCACAACCUGCAUAUCGCGCAGAAUAAGUGCUGCCCAUUGUUGUUGGUACAACCUGCCAAAUGUUUGCUGUCCAUUGAAAUUGACAAAAGCUAACGGCAAAUAAAUAAAUAAAAUUAAA